CAUUUCCUCAAAUGGAGUAUCUAUACAUUGAUAGAUGUAACAAUUUGGAGAUGCUAUGGCAUAAUAAUGGACCAAUCAAUACUUCCUUUACCAAACUUCAAACAAUCAGGAUUGAAUAUUGCAACAAGUUGAAAUGCGUGUUUCCUUCAAACAUAGUGGCAUCACUUGUUUGUUUAGAGGAUUUGUAUAUCUGUUCAUGUGAGUUAUUGGAAAGGGUAUUUGAAAUUGCAAAGCCGACCUUCGGUGAUACAAAAGUACUAGUGCCAUUGAGAAGUUUAUAUUUAAGUCGUCUACCAAAUUUAAUGUACGUGUGGGACAAAGAUGCUGGUGAUGUUUUGGAAUUUCCAAAUCUAAAGAAUGUCGAUGUUACUUCUUGUUCCAAGUUGAAAAGUAUUUUUCCAGCGUCCUUCACCAAAUAUAUGAAAGAAAUUGAACGGUUAAAUGUGGAAGAGGAAAACGAAAUAUUUCCAGUGGAUGAAGCAUCAAACAUGGGAGAGGUAGUACGAUUCCAGAGCUUGGAAACAUUAGCAAUGACUUGUAACCUGGCAGAGAAGGAGAGCUUUUGGCUCAUAUCAAAAAUUUCUCAAACUCCAAAGUCUUACAUUGUUUGGGUCUCACAAUGAUAACUUGAUUACUCUGCCUUUGGAAAUGAAUGAAGUAUUAUACAAUAUUGAAGAACUGGAAAUUAGGACUUGCCUCCAGUUGGUACAAGUAUUUGGAAAUGACAAUAUCCAAAGAUGUGCAAAUUUGAAGACGUUAAUAUUGCGGGAUCUUCCUAAACUUACACACGUGUUGAAGAACAUCGAUCAAAUAACCACAAUCACAUUCUCCAACUUGGUUGAUCUUCAAGUACAUGGUUGCCAUGGAAUGAAAAUUUUGUUUAGUCUUUCAGUGGCAAAAAAUCUGGUGAAUCUCAAUUCCAUUGAAAUAUUUGAUUGUAAGGAAAUGAAAUCCAUAGUCAUUGAAGCAGCAGCAGAAGAAAAUAGUGAAAUUAUUUUUAAGAAACUGACUAUAACCAGAUUACACAACUUACCAAAACUUGCAAGCUUUUACAAUGGAAAAUGCAAGCUUACGUUCCCUUUGUUGGAAACACUGGAAAUAGAAGAAUGCAAUGAAAUGGAGAUCUUUUCAAAUGGAAUAAUAAGCAUAGAAGAAGGUAAAGACUCAGUAUUGGGGGCACCUUAUCCAAAACCCUUUUUCACUCACAAGGUUUCAUUUCCUGCAUUGGAGAUUUUAAGGAUUGAUGGAGGAAAUAGUUUGGAGAUGUUAUGGAAUAAGAAUAAGCCGAUUGCAAGUUCCUUUUGCAAACUUCGAGAGAUAAGUAUUGAAAACUGCAACAAGUUGAGAUGCAUGUUUCCUUGGAGUAUAGUGAAAUCACUUGCUUUUUUAGAAACACUGAAUAUCUUUUCUUGUGAGUUAUUAGAAAGGAUAUUUGAAACCGAAAAGCGGAGUUUUGCAACAGAAGAAGAAGAAAAUGGUGAAAUUGUGUUCAACAGACUGAGUCGUCUGGAAUUUGAUAAUUUACCAAGCCUACUUUGUUUUCACUCUGGAAAAUGCACACUUAAAUUUGUUGCCUUGAAUUUCUUGAAGAUAAGAAGAUGCCAUGAUAUGAAAACAUUUUCAUAUGGAAUAACAAACACUCCCAAUUUGCAAGCCGUCGAGAUAGGAGAAAAUGAAGUUCCAGUAUCACCAACAAAGGGGAUAAAUGACAUUAUCCAAGCUUUUUUCACACAAGAGUCUAUUAAUAAUAAGCUUCUAUCACCAACAAACAAUUCAGCAAGUGAUACAAGUCUAUGA